CUUCUGACAACAUUAACCUAAUAUUAAAAACGUAAAUAUUAUUUUAACAUGAAUCGACGUUCUGAAAAAGUGAAAAAGAUAAGAUAUUGGGCUGCAUGUGUUGUCCAAGAAAAUGGCACAGAGUGGAAAACCAUUGUGCCCUGCCCAUGGGUUGAUACUUUAAAUCAGCAAAUCUUCUGUCCACUAAAUGAAUCUAAGUCUUUAGAUUUCUAUUUUAAACAACAUGAAUCGCCUGAGCUUACUUGGGUGACAUACCCAAUAGUGGAGUUUUUGCUUCACCAAGGCACUCGCGAGGAAGCACAGGAGUUGGUUGAUUUUGCAACUACAGCUGAGGAUGUUUCAUCUUCUGAUGAUGGCAACGGUUCAUCUAUGCAAAAAAUUAAGUAUACUAAUUCAAAGCAAGACAAAGAUAAAAAAGCAGCACACCCACACACCACACACCCUGCUUUAAUUGUAUCACCAUCUUCUGGUGGAACUAACAGAGAAGAGCUUUUAGAAACCUCUCCUCUUUCAUGCUCUGCUAGCAAAAGUAGAUCAUCUCGUAAAACAUCCUUAAUUACUUUUGCUGAUGGUGGAGCCGGAUUCAAGGAGAUGACAAAUAAACAGUUUCAGUAUGUUAUGUUAAUGAAAAUGGAACAAUUAGAGGAUAACCAAAUCCAGAUUACAAAUUCAUUAGCAUCUCUAGUUGAUGGUGGUAAUGGUGAUGCAAGUGUUGUAGUGGAAGACAUGCAACCUAUGCUAUCAAUUGAAGAGUUCGACAUAGAGGAAAUAAAACUUCAAAAUAAAACAUACCGAGAUAAAAAGAAAAUAGCUAUAAAGACACUAGGAGGUAAGGAUUUGCGAGCAUCUGUAAGGCUUGCAUUAGAUGCUUUGAUGGCUCGUGACGUCCAAAACCUAUUUAGCAAGGAUGGAGUAUCCGGGAAAAAAGCAUUUUCAAAGACAAUGCAUUAUCGUUGCUUGCUCGGAGCGUUUCUGGAUCCUACAAAAAAAUUUACAAAGGAUAUAAUUGAUUUUAAUGUUGGAGACUUGCUCAAAAGAGCGAAGAUUCGAAAUAAAGCUGACAGUUUUAACAAAGAGAAUAAACAACCUAAUAAUUAAUGUUAUUUUGUUUUAAGAUAACUUAUUUUUGCAAAUAAAUAUUAAUAUAAUAUUAUGUUUUUGUUGUUUUUUUUGCACUGAGAGAAUUUUAAUUAGUUAUUAUCUAGCAUUAUUAAUGGAAAUUCGGUCAUAAACAGCAGAUUGCAAACAACUUAAUUUGAAAAAAAAAUCUAAAAUAAUGGACUUUUAUAGCACUAUUAUAUACUGUAGCGGGUAUUGGAUUU